AUGGGGUACAAAGCUCUCUGUCUCAUACUGCUGGGUUGCCUGGCCGGGUCAUCGUAUGGCCAAACACUAUGCACUCUGAUAAUGCCCAGCGUGCUCCGUGCAGACUCUGAGGAAACCAUUGUAGUAGAUGGACACAAUUCAGCAUUUGAGGUUGACUACUUAAUCCAAGACUUCCCCGUUAAGAGCUUUGCUCUCGCUCGUGGCAAGAUCAGCAUCAACAGUGGAAACCAAUACCUGGGAACGGCCAAAGUAACGAUUCCAGGGAAAGAUUUAAUAAAAGACCCGAGGAGGAAACAGUUUGUAUCUGUAGAGGUGAAGUCCACCAAUGUACUGUGCAACAUAGAGAAGGCGGUCCUCCUGACCUUCCACAGUGGAUACAUCUUCAUACAGACGGACAAACCCAUCUACACCCCGGGGACUUCAGUUUAUUAUCGGCUUUAUCCUGUAAAUUUCAACAUGCAGCCUACAUCAAAGACUGUGCUAGUAGACAUCCUGAAUCCGGAUGGGGUUGUGGUGAGGAAUGAGCAACUCAUUUCUGAUGCAUCGGGAAUCAUUUCAAAGUCCUAUGUACUGACUGACAUACCGAGUAUUGGCGCUUGGACCAUCUCCACAAAGUAUGACGGCACGCUUCAAGAAUACGCCACCAACUUUGAAGUGAAAGAGUAUGUGUUGCCAACUUUUGAAGUCAGGAUAACACCAGAUCGGAAUUUCAUGUAUAUUGAUGAUGACACAUUUUCUGUGACAAUAGAGGCAGUCUACACAUAUGGGAAAACCGUUUUUGGCAAUGCCUUUGUCUUAUUUUCCCUGAAGAAAGACGCUGAAAAGAAAACAAUGGCAGGUUCCUUGAGGAGGAUCGAGAUAGAUGAUGGGACGGGAAGAGCUACCUUGCUCAGAGACGAUCUCCUGAAGGCCGUCAGUAAACCAGAGGAUCUUUUACAGUAUAGAUUGUCUGUGUCAGCCACCGUCAUCACUGAAGCAGGAAGUGACUGGGUGGAAGCUGAACUGGACAAUAUGUAUAUUGUUCAGUCUGCAUAUAAAAUCCUCUUAACCAAGACAUCCAAAUACUUCAAACCUGGAAUGCCCUUCCAUCUCAUGGUGUUAGUUAAAAACCCAGAUGGCUCACCAGCAAAUGGCAUCCCAGUGGUGGCCAGUCCUGGGGAUGGAAGAGGUGUUACUCUGGAAGACGGAACAGCUAAAUUGGUAGUAAACACCGGUUCUGCUAGAAACCCCUUGAAUAUAAAGGUGAAGACAGCUGUACUGGGACUAGAAGACAAACGCCAAGCCUCCGAGGAAGCCACAUUGACCCCCUACCAACCACAAACUGGACAGGGAAACUAUCUGCACAUCACUGUUGGCUCCAAUGUGGCAGAGCCAGGAAAGCAAAUUUUCAUAAACUUUAAUGUACUGACCAGCAAUCCUGCACACCAAAACAGUAUACAGCAUUUUACAUACCUGAUCCUCAGCAAAGGCCGGAUAAUACAAGAGGGCAAGCAGAGGCGGGAGUCAGGUCAAUCUCUUGUCACCAAGACCCUGAUUGUUACAGAAGACUUAAUCCCAUCUUUCCGUAUUGUGGCGUACUAUAUCAUUGGAAGGGAGCUGGUGUCAGAUUCCCUCUGGGUGGAUGUGGUUGACGAAUGCAUGGGAAAGCUGGAGGUGACCAGCAACAAGAGGAGUACAGAACCAGGAAAGCCUGUAACUUUGACUCUGAAGGCAGAUCCUGAUUCUCACGUGGGAUUGGUGGCUGUAGAUAAAGGAAUAUUUGUACUGAACAAGAAGAAUAAAAUAACCCAGACUAAGGUGUGGGACAUUGUGGAGAGGUCUGACAUUGGCUGCACUCCAGGAAGCGGUGCUAAUAACAUAGAUGUAUUCUAUGAUGCUGGACUUGCUGUACAAUCAAAUUUUGGAAUAGUCACUAAACAAAGAGAUGAGGCAUCAUGCGCAAACAGCAAAAGCCGCAAGCGUAGGUCAUCUGUGGCAUUGAUCGAUCUAAAGAACAACAAAGCUAUGAAUUACAACGAGAAGCAGGAAAAGCAGUGCUGCCACGAUGGUAUGACCAGCAAUCCCAUGGGCCACAGCUGUGAGCGUCGAGCCAAACAUAUCCUACUGGGAGAGAAAUGUAGAGAAGUGUUCUUGGACUGCUGCAAAUACAUUGAACUGAAGAUCAAGAUCGAGAAGGAAUUGGAUGGUGGCUUGGAGAGGAGUGACCAAGAUGCCGAAUACAUAAAUGAAGGAGAGAUUUUGGUCCGGAGUGAAUUUCCAGAGAGCUGGCUGUGGAAUAUUAUCAAAAUUACAGAAAGAGCCAAUGCAAAUGGGUGAGUGUCUGACAUAUACAAUAUAUUCCUAAAAGAUUCAAUCACCACAUGGGAGAUUCUCGCUGUGAGCUUAUCAAAAACUAAAGGCAUCUGUGUGGCCAAGCCAUUAGAUAUUCAGGCCUUCAAGAGUUUCUUUGUUGACCUGAGGCUGCCCUAUUCGGUAGUGAAGAAUGAACAGGUUGGAAUACGGGCCGUAAUCUAUAACUACGAAGAGGAUGAGCUCAAGGUGCGAGUGACCCUGACUUACAGCCCAGAAUUCUGCAGCCAUUCCACACCCACAAGGGCGUAUACCCAAGAGGUCAAAGUGCAACCACGGUCAUCUUUCUCAGUCCCAUUUGUCAUCGUUCCUCUCAAUACCGGCAUGCAUGAUGUGGAAGUCAAGGUGGCAGUCCACAGAUCAUUCGUGUCAGACGGUGUCAGGAAAAAGCUGAAGGUCGUGCCUGAAGGAGUUCGUAGAGUGGUUAACAUACUGUCUGAAAUACUAGAGCCAGAGACAAGAGGCAGAAGUGGAGAGCAGGUAAUAAAGGUCCAAGCACUCAAGAACAAGAAGAUUGCUCCAAAGUCUGAGGUUUUACUCCUCCUCAACAUACAAGGAUCUCCAGUUGCUGAUUUUGUAGAAAAAUCCAUUGAUGGUGCUGAUCUGAAUCAUAUGAUCAUAGUACCAGCUGGUUGUGCUGAGCAAAAUAUGAUGGGGUUGGCACCACUCGUCAUCACCACCCAUUUCCUGGACAAAACUAACCAGUGGGAAAGAGUUGGACUUCACCGUAGAGCAGAUGCCCUACAAAAAAUGCAGACAGACACCAUAAUUGAAGUCUAUCUUCAUACUGAGCUUAUGAGGAAGGUUGAAAUCAAGCUUAGUGAGGACACCACCAUCCACACUCCAACUUCUAUGCCUGCAAGGAACACCGGCUCCCAAAAGGCCAUCCAGUUGGGUCCAUUCUUUGUGCUGUAUACAUCAAGCAUUAGGGCACGAGAAGAUGAUGUCAAAUGGACUUCAGUGAAUGAUUUCUACAGACAGAAGAAAGGUUAUGCCACUCAGAUAAACCACCGUGCCAAAGAUGGCUCUGGAUCAUAUAACGCUUUCCCGAAGUCAACCAGUGGAACAUGGCUUACAGCAUACAUUGUCAAAAUCUUCUCCUUGGCUAAAGAAGUUAUCCACAUUGAUGAUGCAAUUCUGUGUAGCUCUGUUAGAUGGUUGGUACUUUCCAUGCAAAAACCAGAUGGGAUGUUCCAAGAAAAUUUUUCUAUAGGUUACCAGUACACAAGGGGUGGACUUGCCGGUUCCUCGGAUCCUGAUGUCGCUAUCACAGCCUUUGUCACCGUUGCUUUGCUGGAGAGUCAGAAAUACUGUAAACAUGUCAGCAAUCUGCAGUCAAGCAUUGACAAGGCGGUGCAGUACAUAACAGAGCAUUAUGGAAAACUGACCAGACCACAUUCAAUUGCAAUAACUUCCUAUGCAUUGGCUCGGGCUAGGAAGCUACAUGAUUCGACUAAAUUGAUGUCUGUGGCAACAGACAAAUCUACCUGGGAUGCCAAAGACAGCAAAUUCUGGAAUUCACAAGCAUAUGGCAAAUUAGUUGAUUUGGAGGCCACAUCAUACGCCCUUCUGACUCUCCUGGAGCUAGAGGAGUUUGAGCUGGCAGAUUCUGUUGCACAAUGGUUAAUUAGAUCCCAUUCUGCUGGUGAAAGAUAUGGAGCAACACAAACAAUUGUCAUGCUGUUUCAAGCUUUGGCCAAGUACCAGGAGGUCAGGGCCGAUAGGGUAGUAUUGGACAUGGAUAUAUCCUUUCAGCUUCCAGAGAGGAAAGACGCCACUAAAUACCGCCUCAAUCUAAAGAACUCUCUGAAUGCCCGAUCUGAUGAGACAAAAGUAAACCAAGAUUUUGAGGUGAAGGCGGUGGGGAAGGGGCAAGCUUCCCUAACGGUGACGGCAGUGUACUAUGAAAUAGUGACAGAGAAAGAAAAUGAAUGCAACCAUUUUGAUUUUACAGUCACGUCAAUGAUCUUGAUGUUCCCAGUGGGAUGUGUAUCUCCCACAAAUGGAUGCUCUAAAAGACCAGAUAAUGCCUUGGGGACAAUAUCUGUUGAGAUCUGCUUCAGGUACCGUGGAGACAGGGACCUUACCAUGUCUAUUGUAGAUGUAUCCAUGAUGACAGGAUACUCCCCAGAUGUUGACGAUCUAAAUCGGCUUAAAAAUGGAGUGGACAGAUACAUUUCACAAUUUGAGAUCAACAAAGGAGCAAAUGAUAAAGGCACUCUCAUCAUAUACCUGGACAAGAUCUCUCAUACAGAUGAAGAAUGUGUGAAGUUCAAUGCUCACAAGUACUUUGACGUGGGUCUCGUCCAACCUGGGUCCGUCACUAUCUAUGACUAUUACUCACCAGAAACUCGCUGCACCAAGUUCUACCACACAGUAGAAGGUGACCAUUUGUUGGGCCGCCUCUGUCAGGGAGACGUCUGCCGCUGUUCUGAAGGUACGGUCCAGUAA